GUUGGACUAAAAUAUUGGAAAAGCUGAGUCUGCUUGGAAAUCUUACCCAAUACGGCGCCAAAGAAUGCCUUUUGCAUUUAGUCCUUGGUGAAUGGAAAAACCGACAAAUUCCAGAGAAGGAUAUGGAGCAUGAACCUUCAGCAGCGCCUGACAAAAACAGGGCAGAAUAUCAAAGUCUUCUUCCACCUCUCCCGACUGGGGCCAGCUCUGGCCAUGUGACAAUUAUUCUCCAGCCAGUUCCCAAAUUGGAAGAAGACAGCUGUUAUCCACGCAAGGAAAAUUUGAGCUUCAGCGACUGGCAUCCAAUAUUCUCAGUGUUGCCCUCCAGGGAAUCAGCGAUUCAAACGUGCUACCUCAUAUCCACAUAUGGCUCGAUAUGUUUAGAUGCAAGGACUUUGCGGUUCCGGAAAAAGGUCGUGGGAGACCACUUCCAGGGGAAUACACUUUACGAGGUCUUGAAUGGGCACAGAAAUACUUUCCUAACUAGCCAUUGGUUUGAAGACGUGCAAGUGGAUGAAGAAGAGCAUUCAGCAGAGGUUCCAUCUAUGGAGAAUGUCCAUAUUGAGCGUAUCUUGUGGCUUGCCACUCAGGUUGCUACUAAUGGUAGAUGUUUGGUCUACACCAAUGAGAAACUUCAAGUUGAUCCGGCUUUGGUGGCGAGAAUUGAAGAGCGAAAGCUAGAAGCGACGAUUGCUCACCAGCAGGAAUUAGGCGAGUCAAGAAUGACACCAACUUCAGAGGACUCUAACUCGUUUUCACCACUAGUCAUGUCUAUAUCAGAGGAUGGCGAUUAUGUGCUCGUGGGCCAGUCGGGGGAAGUCAGACGUCUCAAACAACAGCGUCAGCCCAAGUCGCAAUUCAAGGCCGGUGGCAAGGCUACUGAUUCAGCAGAGGUGCCUAAACAAGCAGUUGCAAAGGGACCGGUAUCUCUCAAAGAGAAAUUUUCGAUUUUAGUCGUUGAUACUAAUCUACUACUACUCAGCCAAUCUGAGAUCUUCAAGCUAAUGGUGUCGACAUUCAAUUGGUCUAUAUUGAUACCUAAUACUGUCACCGCAGAACUCCUUGGCUUGACGAAUAGCACGGGCCCUGUUGGGGACUCCGCAAAGGCCGCUAUGAUUGCAAUCCAUGAGACCCUCGUUGAUAAGAGAGAUGUGAAAGUUGUCACCGCGAAGGGAAGCAAUGUGACCAACAUCGGCUUCUACAAGGAACUUGAUAACCCUGGAGACGACGAGCAGCGCAAAACAACCGAUGACAUCAUCAUUGAAAUCACGAAACUGCAGGGAGAGGCACGGGGAUAGGCAAUGCCCGGAGAUUAUGGCGAUUGUGAAGCGGCAGUUUUGAUUACUGAAGACAGUAAUAUGCGUGUUAAGGUUAACGCUCGAGGCGUCGCUGCUAUUCCGGCAUCUGCCUUAAAAAAGUUUCUAUCCCCUCGGGCAGGUUCGGCUCGACCGAAACGCAAGCAAUUAGGUGCUCCGGCAGCCCCUCCGGACGAGCCCGGGGGUGAAGUGAAGUGGCGUUUGUGGAAACAAGGAAUUUGAUUCUGUUUUGAACGCGCAUCCUAUAUAGGCUCUGUAAGAAAAAAAGAGGCAGUUAUAGCAGUGUUUAGUUUUAGGGGGUUAUAUUCGUCAAUGGAGGAUUUUUGGGGGGUUUGUUUCUUUUGUUUG